AUGGAGGACCACUACAGGCCUGGUGAUCUCAUUAUUGGAGGGAAUUUGCUCCUGAAAAAGAUGUAUGACAUUGGAGAGUUGAAAUUUGACUGUGAGCCAUCAAAGAUGCCAGCUACAAGCAGUGUUACAUUCAAGAAUUAUCAGCUGUUCCGGGCCUUGGGACUUGCAGUAACAAACAUCAACCAGGAUUUGGUUCUGCUGCCCAACAUCACCCUUGGCUUCCAUAUUUAUGACAAUAUGGAGACUGUUAGGAGGGUUUCCUGGAACAGCCUCUCUCUUCUAUCCACACGAGGCCAGAUGGUUCCAAAUUACAAAUGUGACAAUCAGGACCUUCUGCUCUCUGUCAUCGGAGAACUCAGUUCCCAACCCUCAAGGCAGAUGGCCUCCAUCUUCAGCACCUUCAAGGUCCCACAACUUGGGUUUGACGUCCUCAAGUUCACUCAAGCAGACAGAAUUGCUUUUCCUUCCUUUUUCCGGAUCAAUCCCGAUGAAUUUCCUCAGUAUGAGGGUUUAGUCCAGCUGCUCCUGUAUUUCCAGUGGAACUGGGUCGGUCUUAUAGCCCCUCAAAGUGACAAUGGAGAACGUUUCACCUCAACUCUGAUGCUGAUGAUGAAGGAGAAGGAGAUCUGCCUGGCCUUCACCCAGCUGUUCAAAUCUGAACAUUUUUUAAUUGCAGGGAUGAAAUUGAUUCCUUUCAUCAAAACUUGCCCCAUCCCCAACAACUACCAGCUGUUCCUGGCUUUGGUAUUUGCAGUCACAGAAAUCAACAAAGAUCUGGUUCUCCUCCCCAACAUCACCCUGGGCUUCCACAUGCAUGACAAUCUCCAGUGGGAGACGAGGAUUUUUUUAAUCAGUCUCCUUCUGCUCUCCACACGUGACCGAAUGGUUCCAGGUUAUAAAUGUGACUGGAAGGACCCUCUGCUCUCUGUCAUCGGGGGUGACAAUGCCAAAGCCUCAAAGGAGAUGGCCUCCAUUUUCAGCAUCUUCAAGGUCCCACAGUGGAACUGGGUUGGGCUGGUGGCCUCUGAUGAUGACAGCGGAGAACAUUUCGUCUCAAAUCUGAUGCCACUGCUGAAGGAGAAGGAGAUCUGCCUGGCCUUCACUCAAAAGCUUCUUCCCUAUUUGAGGAAUGUCAGGUUCAACAACAGUGUGGGAGAAGAAGUCUCCUUCUCAGAAAAUGGGCUGGGAUCUGCUAGUUAUGAUCUUCUCAACUGGGUUUCCAUUCACAAUAAAUCAAUGGCUCUGGUGAAAGUUGGGCAAAUCAAUCCUAGGGCUCCCCCAGAUCAAGUUUUCACUAUUAACUCUGAUGCAAUCGUCUGGCCCACAAAGGAGGUACCCUUUGCCAGGUGUGUCAUGAAGAGGUGCCAGGCAGGAGAGAGGAGAAGAGUUCCAGAGGGCGAGCCUGUUUGCUGCUACCAAUGUGCUUCUUGUCCAGAAGGGACCGUUUCUAAUCAAACAGAUGCAGCUCGCUGUGACCCCUGCCCAAAAGAUCAGUAUCCCAACAAGGACAAGGGCCACUGCAUUGCUAAGAUGCUCCUCUUCCUCUCCUAUCAAGAGACCCUGGGAUACACUUUAGUGUCUCUCACUCUUUCUCUCUCCAUGAUCACAUUGGCAGUCUUAGCAGUUUUCAUUAAGCAUCGUGACACACCAAUUGUGAAAGCCAAUAACAGAGAUCUCACCUACAUCCUCCUGAUCUCCCUUCUGCUCUGCUUCCUCUGCUCCUUCCUCUUCAUUGGUCAACCCAGGAAGCUCACCUGUCUCAUCCGACAAAUUACCUUUGCCAUCCUCUUUUCCCUUGCAGUUUCCUCUGUGUUGGCAAAAACUAUCAUGGUGGUUCUCGCCUUCAUGGCCACCAAGCCAGGGAACAAGUCAAGGAAACUCUUAGGAAAACCAUUGACUAACUCCAUUGUCUUAGUCUGUUCCCUGAUCCAAGCAAUUUUUUGUGUUACCUGGCUGAUAAUCUCUCCUCCAUUUCCCAACUUGGACUUCCACUCCUUAGUAGGAGAGACCAUCUUGGAAUGUAAUGAAGGCUCAACUUCAAUGUUUUAUGUUGUCCUUGCUUAUCUGGGUUUCCUGGCUCUUGUCAGUUUCACUGUGGCCUUUCUGGCUAGGAAAUUGCCUGAUAGCUUUAAUGAAGCCAAGUUCAUUACUUUUAGCAUGCUGGUCUUUUGCAGUGUUUGGAUCAGCUUCCUCCCCACUUACCUGAGCACCAAAGGGAAGUCCAUGGUGGCCGUGGAGAUCUUCUCCAUCUUGGCUUCUGGGGCUGGUCUCUUGGUUUGUAUCUUUUUUCCCAAAUGUUAUAUUAUUCUACUAAGACCUGAUAUGAAUCAGAGAGAAAAUAUAAUGAGGCGCAAGAAUCUCUGA